CAUGGUGUAUCCUGUUGCAGGGGGAUAACAUGAGUGAUAAUAUAUAUUCUACGACAAAAGAAUCUUCGAACUAUGCUAGACUGUGUCGUCUUUUGUUAGAUGUAGGAACAGAUGUAUUUCGAUACGUAUUCGACAACUUUGUUCCUCCAGUAGAUCUAGCAAAUUUUUUGUCCAAGCAUGAAGCUAAACUGAAGAAAAAACCAAAUCUACGUGGAUACCAAAAGAAAACACUAUAUCCUGACAAUGGUGAACCGUUGUCUAACGAUUUUGACAUUUCUUUACUCUAUACUUUACUUCGGGAGACGUGUAAAAUGGAACCACCAAUGAACGGCUGGGGAAAUCCAGUAGAUCCCAUGGAUAACAGUAUGAGUGCAAACAUCGAGAAAAUAAGACAAAUCAGAAAUGAUAUAUACGGUCACGUCCUACGUGCAUGCUUGCAGGAUCAUAUAUUUGAAGAAAAUUGGCUCGUGUUAUCUAAAGCAUUGAUUUCUCUUGGCGGACAGAGGUAUGAACAAAUAAUAUAUCGCUUAAGGUAUGUUUCAUUGGACCCCGACAAGGACGAAGACUAUACGAGUAGAUUUUCGGAUUGGGUGUUGGAAGGUUCAAAACGACUAGAUGCUGUAGAAGAAUCGGUUUCAAACAUCCUGAACAUUGUGACGUCUAUGGCCAAGCCUGAUGAGCAAGAUCAGCUAAAACUGAUCAUUGAGUUCAGGGUCAAGGAGGACCGUUGUUUUGUUGAAACAGGUGCUUUUCUGGAUAUUGAAGACAAACUAUUACGUAACGGAUCUGUGUUGAUCGUUGGAGAUCCAGGAGAAGGAAAAACCUUCAAUGCCUGGCACAUUAUUCUUAAAUCGUUAAUCAAAGGCUUCCAGUUACAUAUAGUAGAUUCACCCCAUGAAUGGCAAUCAAAAUGGGUCCCAACUACUAAACAGAUAUUUUUCGUUGAUGACUGCUUUGGAAAAUCGCAAUUAGUCCAAGAGAAAGUUGAAGUCUGGCUAAAAUUGCAAGAUCUGUUAUGCGACUGUAUCGACAAAACGCAUACGUAUAUUAUCGCAACUACUCGACGCUCAAUUUAUCGUGAAUCGCUAGACCUAAUUACAAGACUUGUGUUGUUUGGACCUUCUGUUGAUAUCAACGAUCCAUGCCGAUGUCUGACUCCAAGUGAACGCGUGCAGAUUUUGAAGAGUCAUUUGAAUAAUGACAUUGAUAUACAUGUCGAGUCCUUAAUAUCAACGACUUCAACACCACGAUUUCCGAUAUCCUGCCGAUUGUUUGCUUCAGAUCAGCAAUUUCAAAAUUUAGGUGCUGCAUUUUUUAAAAAUCCAGUUAAUCAGCUUAAGGAAGAAAUAGUUAUUCUUUCAAAAACAAACAACAUUGCUUUUUCAGGUCUUGUUUUUUUAAUGCUUUUUGACGGAUGUUUGGACUGUCAUCUAAUGCAUAGUGAUUACUAUGAGAAGUCUAAAGCAAUUUCAUCAUUUCUUCCAUGGAUGGAAUACCUUUGUUGCAAUAAAACAAACAAUACCAGGAUACAUGAAGCUACCAAAAGCAUUAAACAAAUAAGAAAGUUACCAAAAGUAACACGAAUAGAAGAUUUUAGAAACGGCAUUGAACAUAUGCUGGGAAUUUAUGUCGUAUAUGACAGCGGUCAAUACAGAUUCGUGCAUGAGUCAAUUUCUGAGACGGUUGGUGUUGUUUUGGCAGACGAAGAUAUUGAAUUCGUUCUUAAAAAUGCAACUCCGUGUUUUAUCCAGCAGAGAGUUACUGUCCAUUCCAUAUGCAAGGCUGAUGGCGUCCGGAAUGAUGAGACUAUGGUUGUAGUAAGGGAACCAUACUUUCAAACUCUUGCGGAAAGAUUAACGAAUAAUGUUCUUAAUGGUCAUUUGGACACUACAUUUCAAAGCCAAUCCUUACAUAAUAUUGGAUUCACUGCAUUUUGGUGUACGUAUCUUUCAUCAGUAACUAGAUCGAAGUAUUUGAAGUUCAUCAGGUGCAUUGAUGAUAAAGGAUUGUCAGUACAAUAUUGGGCAGCUAGAACAGGCAACGAAAUUCUCCUCAAAUUCUUUUUAGACGGACAAGACCCUACAAAUGAUGUUUUACAUGGUGCAUGCUACAGUGAAUCUGUUGAUUGCGUACAAUUGGUUUUGAAUCGCAAGGUUAACACAAAUGCAACUGAUAACAGCGGUUUUACACCUUUGUUAAUCUCAUGUGUUACAAAAAAUAAGAAUAUUACUCGUUUACUUCUUUCUCACGGAGCAGAUGUUAAUAAAGAACAUGAUGACUUUGGUACUGUCUUGCAUUACGCCUGUUGGAACAGAGACCUGGAUUUAGUUACUAUUCUCUUACAAAAGGGUGCUAAAUCUAAUGUUGUCACAACUGCUGGUUGGCCAAAUGUUGUUUUUGAUGGAGAUGGAAAUAAUAUAAUGAGAAUGCUAAUCAAGCGAGAGAAAACUCUUCGUUUGACAUCGAACACAAAUUGGUCCCCAUUGCAUCUUGCAUGCGGAAAAAAUAACAUUGAAAUUGUUAAUCUUUUAAUUCAAUAUGGUGCCGAUAUAAAUCAGUGUACAACUCAAGGUUGGACACCAUUAUUUUGCGCUACAAAGAAAGGACUUUGUUAUAUAGUAAAUAUUCUUAUUCAAAAAGGAGCUUUAGUGAACAUGAAAGAUCACUUUGGCGUUGCAUGUUUACACAGAGUAUGCUACGAUGGCUACCUGCAUGUUGCACGUGCUCUUUUAUGUGGUGAAGCAGACGUUAACAUUCAGUCAAAGGCGCUUUACACUCCGCUUCACUGUGCUUGCGAGAACGGCCAUGAAGAGUUAGUCCAUUUAUUGCUUAAAUGUGGUGCUGAUACAAAACUAUGUAGUAUGAAUAACAAAACACCACUUGACGUUGCAGUGAAGAAACAGCGUUUUGAUAUUAUAGCGGUUAUUGAGAAACAUGAACAAAGAAGUUGAAACUGUCGAUUUAAAUCAAAACAGUAAUCAUAUCUCUGUAUGGCAUUUUAAUAUAUUGAAUGGAAGCCGGGUAAUGCAAUGUUAUAAAUGAUAUGGACUCUUGAAUUCAUUCAUGAGGUAUAACAUCAAUUAUGUCACCACUUCAAAAACAAAGAAACAAAAAUAAACAAAAACAAGCCAAAAAAAA